AAUAAACUCGUUCCGCGCAUUUACGAUUCAUACUUUUCCGUCAUCAGGCCUGCUCCAAAAAAAACGCGGAUCGCUUCGUUAUCGCCCUCAUGAGUCCGCAGCGCGGUCAUCCCGCUCAUGAUGCUCAGACCUCACGGUCGUCCUCAAGACGGAGUGGCGCAACGCGAGUCAGAAGAGGAGCCAACGGUUCAGCAUGCGAUCAGUGUAGGAAACGCAAGAUUAGGUGUACUGGCGAAACACCUGCUUGUGCACGAUGUAUCAGGUUGAACAAAGAAUGUCGAUACGCAGAAGGGAGUUCCAGUGCUAUUGCGCAAACGGCCUCGUACUUGGAAGAGCUGCAGAAUCAAAUACGGGAUCUGGAAGCUAGACGAAGCGCUUUGCGAUCUCUCUCUCCGUUGAACACCGCGAGGGAAACGGUUCUUCCCAGUGAUGGAGGGCAUCAUAUCGACGAUGCUCGCGUUCAUCAACAUGACCAAUCAUACAAUAGGAACCAUUACCAACAUGCAAUGUCGAUGAAUAUCAGUCAUGUGGAAUCACAAGAGCGAUAUCGACCGACUGCUGAUAUGUCUAACCGAAGCGCCGAAUUAACGCGGCAAACGACGACCUCUUCGCCUACCGUUUCUUGGGACCAUCACGAGCCGUUACGAACCCAAACGCAUGUUCCUACUUCAUACUCGACAACACAUUCUCAAAACCAACACAUCGAUUCGACCUUAAAUCGGGGUUCUCAACCGACAUCUCCUCCGCUUACGACUGCACAACCUACCACCACCCUUGACUCCGAUGGGCCAUCACCGCGUUACGAAGCUAUUUCCACCACCUAUCCAAAACCUCAUGACAGACCACUCCCAUCCAACGACCAAAUUCUCCUCGACCUACCUACUGACCUCGGCGUUGUGUCGAUCCUAGAGCAGAGCUCAUCCACUCAGAUACCCUUAUCCUCUCGGAUCACCUCCCUAAUCCGCAUCAAUCGUGACAUCCUCCCACCAGCGGAGAACGUCUGGUUCCUCAUUGCCCAUUUCGAGGAUUUUAUCUCGGCGGCCUUCCCAAUCUUUCAUAUUCCUACAUUGCGGGUCUGGGUAGAUAACGUCUGUUUCAAGGGAGAACCGGUGGAAGCAGAAAUUGCUUGUUCGGUCCUGUUGGUCCUGGCUGUUUCCGCGACUUCGCUCGCGCGCGGGUCACCUUGUGAAUAUCUCAAAAACCGCGCUGCGUCUCUUUGGGAAUACGGGCAAAAAUUUCUUCCACCUGUUUUCCUUCCUCCAAUAGAUGAACAGCGGGGCCUGCUUAGAGUCCAAGUCAUGCUGAUUCGACUCCAGUAUGUCCUUUACAAUCCUAACGCUGGCAAUGUAUGGGGUUUGUCUGGGGCAGCAGUUCGAGCAUCUGUAGAUCUCGGUUUGCAUCAUGAGAGCAGGCUGAGGGGGAAUAGCCGGACGGCAAUCGAGACGGAUAUCAGAAGGAGGGUGUUCUGGAUCGCGUACAGCUGCGAUCGUGAUCUGGGCAUGGCGUUGGGUCGUCCACCAGCGAUUCAAGAUGAAUGGGUUACGGCCGAAUUUCCAUCGGAUCUAGACGACUCGCUCAUCACGAUUGACGGCCUCUUACCCGGUCCGCCGUCCCCAGCCAAACAAACCGCCAUACAUCUCUUCCGCAUUCGGAAACUCCAAUCAUCUAUCAUUUUCCGAUUAUACGCUUCUGGGCAGACGGUGCGGAAUCCUACCAAUGAGUGGUUGACCGAUAUUCAACAUUUGAUCGAGGAGUGGAAUGAUCAAAAACCUCGUGGAAGGGGGUUCUGCUCGGAUGAGUGGCUCUUGCUGUGCUAUCACCAGACAACGACCUUACUCCAUCGUCCGUGCCCAGGAAAUCCGACGCCAUCGAGAGACUCCUUGGGCAAGGUGUUGCAGGGAAGUAGUGCAACGAUGAGGCUAUAUAAAGAAGUGUACAGGAAUGGUCGGAUCAGUUUUGGUUGGCUUUCGAUGUACCAUCUGUUCAUCUCUGGGGUGACAUACCUCAAUUCACUCUGGCAGGGGUAUCGAAAUGGAUGGCGGCUUGUACCAUCCUACAUUGAUGCCUUGCUGGACAUGCAAGUCUGUACGAGCGUGAUGGAGGGUUUAGCUGCCCUGACUCCAGGCACGGUAUCCAUACGCAAUACAUGGGAAGCGGUAUCAGAACGAAUGAUUCGGCAACUCUCGUCCCAUGCGCCGUGGGAUCUCUUAUCUCGCCCCUCAUCGCCAAAUGGACCAAAUAAUCACUCCAGCCAUAUUGACUCGUCUAUACCACUAUCAGACUCCAGUGAAACAUGGCAGGCAGCUCGAGGGGAGGGGGCUAACUCGGCAAUGAGCAUGCCAAAUGAUAACAGCGGUGGAAGUGGUACAUUGGGCGGAGGCGGAAAUGCGAUGAAUGGGUUGAUGGGGAUGGAAAAUCCAUUCGAUCCAUUUUUGCUGCAUCCUCUGGGGGAACUGUCGAAUGAUGACUGGGCGAGGGCAGUCGCUUCGGUCUUUGGUCCUAUGGAUUCGACUGCAGAGCUGCCCUUCAACUAAGCAGGGUUUAUUUUGCGUAUCGUAUUGCAUGUAAGUUGUACAGGGGAUGUCCGUUUGGACAAGUAUGCAUCAAGCUAUGUGUUUA